UCUGACAGGUUUGGGUUAUUAACAUUAUUUUUAUCGUUUUUGAAAAGCAAAAAUGUUUGGAAUUCCUCGCGUUGAAAACUUGUGCUAAGAAAUACUUGAAGAGCACCUUACAGGCCAUGGCAUAUAAAAUACUUGCUCCGUCGGUAGUACAGACAUUGUGAUCUUAAGUCGCAAUCAAACCAGUGAAGAUGUUCAUCCAGAGUUUUCUACUGCUAUUGGCCAUAAACUUCCUGUCUGCAGGACGAGUUUCCCGACCGGUGGAAAGGAUUAUCGGUGGGCAGAACAUUGAAAUAGAACAGGCUCCUUGGCAGGUGUCCUUACAAGUGAAUGGGCGACAUCAUAGUGGAGGCUCUAUUUACAGCAAGGACAUUAUCAUUACUGCUGCCCACUGCCGUUUUAACCAAAAAAGACGCCGACUGGAGGCAAAAGAUUUCCUUAUUCGCGUGGGCUCGUCAUUGAAAAACUCCAAAGGAACCCUUGUAAAAGUGGCCGCCAUAAGGUCUCACGAGAAUUUUGACUUCAAAACAAAUGUUUUCAACGACAUUGCUGUCAUGAGAUUGAGUAAACCACUUAAGUUCACCAGCAAAGUACAGAGUAUCCCUUUGGCCGAGAGGAAUCCUGCUCCUGGAACAGUUGCAAUGGUUUCCGGCUGGGGAGCAACAUCAGUAUUACCUUCACGUAAUGGCUAUCCGGUGUUAUCAUAUCCUAUAAAUCUUCAAGCCGUACACAAUCAUAUACGAAAUUGGAACUAUUGCAGUAUAUUUGUUACUAUGUCCGAGAAUAAUAUUUGCGCCGGAACUUUUGGGCAAUCGGCGUGUUUUGGGGACUCUGGUGGACCAUUGGUUGUUAAUCAAGAACUUGUGGGUGUCGUCUCAGGAGUUUUGCCAUAUUGCAUUGGUUUUUCAAUCUAUGCAAGUGUGCCUUCGUUUCGAUCCUGGAUUCUAAAUGCCAUCGCAUCUAUUUAAUUAAAUGUAUUGAAUGUAAAAAUAUAUUACAAAUAUAUCUUUACGAUAGACACAUUUCUCGCUUCUAUCGCCUUCAAAAGCGUUUUUAGUAUAUUAUUUACAUAUAUACUAACCCAAGUAAAUAAAAUGAAACCCAUUAAAAAAAAUGUGGACACGCCCACUCUAAAGCCCACAAAUCGGGAAGUCUGUUUGAGACAUAGAAGAGGUCUGUUAUUAAGCUUUAUACAUAUCUAUGUUUAUUCGCUCAAUAACUAUCGACUCAUUCAAAAUCGAGCUAAUAUUUUAGAAGUUAUAGAUUAUAGAGUC